GCGGCCACGUUGACAGGGCGGGAGCGGUGCCGCGCCCGCGUAGCGUAGCGUAGCGCGACGUAGCGUAGUGCAGCGCACCGGGCGGGCUGGUAGUCUGACUGGCCGUGGGGGUCCGGGUUCCCCCCCCUCCCCCGCAAAAAUGUCUUCGCCUCCCAAAGAGAAAGCAGAGACGCGGGCCGGACACCCUCCUGCUGUGAAAGCUGGUGGGAUGCGGAUCGUACAGAAACACCCACACAAUUCUGAUGCCAAAGAAGAAAAAGACAAGGAUGACCAAGACUGGGAAACCAGCAGCCCACCUAAACCAACGGUGUUCAUCUCUGGCGUCAUUGCUAGGGGUGAUAAGGACUUCCCUCCAGCUGCGGCUCAGGUGGCUCAUCAGAAACCACAUCCUUCUGUGGAAAAGCUUCCUCACCCGCAACAUGUCAAACAGCACAUCCACCAGCCUCGCAAGUGAGCUCCCCAUCGAAAUCUCAGCCAAACUGCCAUCGGUGAAUAAGUUUUCAAGAGAAGACAACCCUUUAGGAUUCACACUGUCGAAUCAGUAAAAUUGACCUCUAAAAUAAUAAGCUGUUUCUUUUACUUUAAUUCUCAAGGGUUAUAAGAAUGAAGACAUUGUUCAGUUUUAUCCCAGAUGGAAAAUUCUCUAUUAAGUAUUUGCUGAUUAAGGGUGGGUUUUUUAUAAGAUUUUCUUACUGCCAAGAUAAAACUUUAGUAUGAAUAAUGUGAUUAAUAAGCUUAAAACUUGUACUUUUAGCUGUGGCAUCGCAAUAGCAGAUAGUUAAUGUAGUUUUUAUGCUAAGCUGGUAAGAAGAAUAGCCCUUUUGUACUGGUACCUUUACUACCUGGAGGAAGUUUGUCGUUUGUGGUGAGACCGAAAUUGGUGGUUGUCUUGAUUAUGUAGAACCUUUGCAGUCUUCAGUAUCCUACAGUGUCACCACAGUGGCUGUGCCCUCUGAUUUCAACUAGUGAGAUAACAAAUGGGCCCAAAAACAUUGCCCAGUGGGCAGAAGUCCAACUGAAGCUUCUUUACACCCUUUUCCACACACACAGUCUUGCAGAGGUUCUUCCAUUUGGAAAUCUCUGGGUAUGGAGAAGGGAGAGAAAUCAGAGUCACAAGAACACUGCUGCUGUAGGCAACUGAUUUGUGAUCUCAUGGAUCUCACUGGGGCCUUUAUUUUUAUGAAAAUUUUUUUUUAUUCCAAUAGCAAGCUGAAGGAGCUCAGGACCUGACAGAAUUGAACUUAAACUGGAGAAAAACCUGUCUUUCUUUUUUGACUUUCCGUUUAAGAUCACUGUUGAAAAUUAAGAUACCAUUAGUAAAUGUGUUUAACUUCAUGACCUAAUCUCUGUUCCAUAUCAUAUCUUUUUUCAUAGUCAUCUUAUUGCAAAUAAGGGAUAUGAGGGAAUAAAAAAAGUUAGUUUUCAAAUAGAACAAUUGAAUUAGUUUUGGCCACAUAAUGAAAUCCUUUGAUUAUGCAGUUCAAAAUCAUUUAGCUCUGUGAUCUUCCUUCUACAACUCAUCUCUAUAAAACCCAGGAAAAUACUUUUUUUAAACAUUCCACCUACAUUUUUAAAGUGUACUCUGCUUUUAACUGACUACAAAUACAGUACAGGCUUUAGUACCCUCUAGGUAUAUAAAACUUCUAAUAACCUCAAAAAAAAAAGUGGGUACUGGAGCUAGUACUGCAAACAUUCACCUGGCAAAUCAGUGAAGGUUUGGGAUCACUGGGGCUUUAUUUGUUCAUUGAUGUUUAAAAUCAAAUAGUAUGGAAAAAUCAGUGAGGAGAGUUUAAAAAAUUAAUUUUUUUUAAGUUUUAUUUUUUAAAAUUUCUGCAGAUUAAAUAAUUAUUCCCUGAGCAGCUGGUUUAAAGCAACAACAACCAACAAAAUCACGUGAAAUAUGGCCCAUUUCACAAGUGGAAUAACUCACUUCAUAUGGGUGAGAAGGACCUGGCAUUUCUGUCUCUUCAUAGGCUUGAAAUGGAAAUGAUGUUUCGCAAGGGAUAUGCACAGAUAUAUUUACUCUACACCCAAGAAAGAAUGUACAACCUAUAUAUGUAGUCCUUAUUUUCAAGUUAAUUAGAUAACCGUACUUGCCUUAAGAAACAAGCGUUGUUUAUAAAAAUUAUUCUCUUAGAAUAUGUAUAAUUUUUAAAAAUGCUUUCUGUUUCUGAUGUCGGUACGUCUGAGGCCUUGUUCAUAGCCACUCAUGAGUGUACAAGUGAUUCACACAUGAGUAACUCAUUCAUAAGGGUAGCAUUGUUGAUCCUCGUGGAAUAUUUGCAUGAGGUAAUUUGCUGGCAGGAGCAUUUGCAGAUUGAGGACAGAAAGUGGUGGCAUCUCAUUGAUGGUGCAGCCAGUAGCUGUCAAUGAGCUGCGUCAGCGAUGAAGCAGAUCAUCGUAGUCACUUGGUACUGGGAAGGGUGGGAUUCAGCUCUCCUACUCUUCUGCCUACAGCUGAAGUAGUAUCUAGAACCCCAACGGUAGACAAUGGGGUAGUCAAGACAGCAGUAGAGUUUAGGUAUCGCGUUUUUGACCAAAUGGAACUGUCUUUCAAGAUGAGCUGGAUCACUCUUGACUCCAUUUGACAGCUGUGGAAAACUAAAUGUACCUCAGUGUAGAACCACACAAUUAGGUGGGUACCUCUACUCUGUGUCUAGGGAUGGCUGGUAGAAAUGCAUAUUUCUAUCUUCAAGCAACACCACAUUUCCGUUCAAAUACUAAAAGUUAGGAAUGUGAGCGCUUUUGAAUUACAAACUGCUGCUCCUGGUUGUUAAUGCAAUAUAUACAGCAUAUAUAGACCUGAGUUUUGUCUUUGAUUUCUUAGAUGGAUAUGUAAGUUUGUACAAUCGAGUACAACUCUCAGGAUAGCUUUAGUGGCUUUUAGAGUGCGGGAAUUCCUAUAUGGUUAGAAAAUGUCUCUGUUUAAAAGCAUAUUCUAUAUUGUUGGGAGGUAUCCAUGUUUAUACACAGGUGUCCUUACCAAAGCGUUACCUUGCCCAAAAUAACGAAUUAUAACUGGUGAUCUGGAUUGCCAAUUGAUGGUUAUUGAUACUUUGGAAAUAUGUUACAAUAACAUACAAACACAGAAGAUGUUCAAAUGUUAACUUGAAAUGAUGGCAAAAGAAAUUUUCUGUAAUUGUCAAUAUGUGGCAAUAAUGCAACAAUAAAGCAUGAAGUUGGA